GUGAAUAGUUGAUUCAAUAGACUUCACCCUCAUCACACACUCAUAGGUCACCAUCACUUUCGAUAUUUCUUUUUCUUUUGAUCUUGACUGCUUUCUGAACAAUGGCCAAAAAGCUUCAAAUAAUGAGCUGUGAAAAUGGCUUUUCACUGUAACAUGCAUCCCCAUCUCCCCACCCCCCCCCUUCAAUCCUUCUUCUCCAUUUUAGCUCCUCCUUCGAACUACCCUGUAAGAAACAAAGGAAGAAAUCCAUGGGAAAAGCAAUAAGGUGGCUUAAGGGCUUGUUUGGGAUGAAGCAAAAAUAUUUGCAAAGAGAAAGGCUAGAAAAGAAAGACGACGACACAGUAACACUUGGCCGCCCCGGGAAAGGCAUCUCCGCCACCGCAUUGUGCAGUCACCCCACCACCGUGUCCCCCAACAUAACCCCAGCCGAUGCAGCAUGGCUGAGCUCAUUCUUCUCCGACGAGGGACAGAGCGAGCACGCCAUCGCAGUUGCGGCAGCAACCGCUGCUGCAGCCGACGCGGCCGUGGCCGCCGCACAUGCUGCGGCAGAAGUAGUCAGGCUCACCAGCCGAGGCGGCGGUGCUCUGUUUUUCCGGGAAACACUGGCCGCCGUCAAAAUUCAAUCCGUCUUCCGAGGACACCUGGGGAGAAAAGCGCUUCGGGGAUUGAAGGGGCUGGUGAAAAUUCAAGCGGCGGUGAGAGGGUAUUUGGUAAGAAAAGAAACGGCGGCGACAUUUGAGAGCAUAAAAGCUGUGAUGAGAGCUCAAGCCAGUGUUCGUGCCCGCAGGUUCCAAGAAACCAGGAAGAGCGGGAGACACCCAUGGCCAUAUGAAGAUCCAAUAAACAUACAUGACGACGACAACCCGAAAAUAGUGGAGAUCGAUUCACUUUCCCCACCUCUCUCGUGUCGAAUCCCGGCGCGUUCCUCUACCGGCGACGGACGGAGCUGCCAAAUUCCCGGCGAAUUGGGUUUCCCGGCGGUGCAGAGCACCCCGGCGACCCCGGCAAACAGGGUAUGUUCAGAGAGCUCGACGUGCUUCAGGAGCUGCCGGAGGGACCCGAAUUACAUGGCCGACACGGAGGCGUUUCGGGCAAAGUCGAGGUCGCAGAGCGCGCCCAAGCAACGGCCCGACCCGAAGAGGCGGGCCCCACAAAUGAUGACGGAAGCGAGGGCUAGUGUGAGUUGGCCGGCGAGGGUGGAGAUGUCGUCGUCUUGGUCUGAUUCGCGAGAAUUGGUCAACUUGAAGAGUGCUGUAAUUGCUAAGCUGGAUAAUAGGUCUAUGGGGUUUUAUUAGAGUUUCUGUUUCGUUCACAAGAGUUUGCAGUUUUUCUUGUUACCGUUUGAAAAGAUAAUUUUCCCAAUUUAGAGUUAUUUUUUGUUAAAUCAAAACUGAUUACAAUA